CUAUUAUUAUAUCAGUUCUGAACCGUUACUGAGCCUAAACCACUGGUAAAGAAAAUGAGGAGCACUUCAUUCUCCCAGAAGACCUUGACAGUGAAUGAAUCUAGCAGGCUGCGAGUACAGAGUCCAUCUCCUACUCGUGUCAGUGGUCGCUCUUUUUCCUCUGAAGUUCAUUCUUCCUCAAGCAGAAGUCGUGGCAGAGAAGGAUUUGAGGAUUCAUUUGCAGAGUCUAAAACUGAGGUCCAUAUCCACCGACCCAAUGAGAAAGAAGAGCUCCAAGAGUUGAACAACCGCUUUGCAGGUUACAUAGACAAGGUCCGCUCAUUGGAACAGAAGAACCAAGCUCUUCAAGAAGAACUGGAGGAACUGACCAAGCGAUUGAAAGAAAGGGGACCCUGCAUUUCGGAGGAGUAUGAGAAAGAGUUUAAGGAUCUCAAGGAUCUAAUUGAGAAGUUAACACAAGAGAGAGGUUUGGCCGACAUCGAGAGGGGGAAUCUAGAGGAAGAAAUUGAAAUCUGGAAUGCUAAGUGUGAAGAAGAGCUGUCCCUCAAAGAGGAAGCAGAGAAAACUCUGAGAGAAUUCCGACAGGACGUAGAUGAUGCUACUCUACAAAAAUUGGAUUUGGAAAGAAGAGUUGAGCAACUAGUGGAUGAGAUUGAGUUCCUCAAGAAGCUACACGAUGAAGAAGUUGCAGACUUACUAAGGCAGAUUGAGGAGUCUAAGGUAAACGUUCAACUAGAAAGCGACCGCCCUGACUUGGCAGCAGCCUUGAGAGCUUUGCGUGCUCAGAUAGAACAAGCAACCGCCAAAAAUAUCCAGGAUGCAGAGAAGUGGUACAAGUCAAAGUUCAAUACCUUAAAGGGCCAAGUCUCCAAGAAUGAAGAGAAAAUAAAGACCAUCAGAGAAGAAAUUAGCAAAUAUAGCUCUCAGGUGUCUGACCUACAGAGUCAAAUUGAUUCCUUGAGAUCUAUAAACGAGGCUCUGGAAAAGCAACUGGAAGAUAUAGAAGCCAAACACCUGGAAGAAGUGGUUGCGUUGCAGGAAAUCAUUGCUCAGCUGGAAGGACAACUGCUAGAGACAAAGUCUGAUUUAGCUCGGUAUCUACAAGACUAUCAAGAUCUGCUCAACAUUAAACUCAGACUUGAUGCAGAAAUUGCAGUUUACCGAAAACUACUGGAAGGAGAAGAACAAAGACUUGGUAUGACCGCAGAGAGUGAGGUUCGUGGAGACAACUCACAGGUGCAAACAUCCGUUAGCCAGAAAGUGGAAACGCGCAUUUCAUCACUCAAGCAGACAGUCUAAAACAUCAGAAGCUUACAAGACAACUCAACAAAAUAAUCCUGCUUCUUGCAUUUUGUGUUUAAGUGCUAUCAUAUAAAAAGCUUUCCUGCAUUUUAAAAUGUUUUAUUUUAAAAACAAAGUUUAGAAAAUUGUGAGUAUGGUAUCCAGAGAGCUGCAGUAUAUAUUUAGACUUAAAUACAUAUCAGUAACGGACCUGGUGCAAACAUUCUUUUUGGGCACUCCAAAGGUAAAUCAGUAGUAAGCAACAGCAAUAAUAUACAUGCUUAUCUAUAUAAUGAUUUUGAGGAUAGAUAGGACAUGCAACCUGCACUAAUAAAAUGCAUAAGAAUUGUAUAAAUGCUGCACGUCUCCCCACCUGCUACACCAACAGUAGUUCCGACCCUGUUGCAUAUAUUUUCUCAAAUUAUUUUUCUUUUUUUUUCAUGUUUAAAUGCAAUCGCCACAAAUAAAUUGACAAUAUAGUAAAGGAAAUUAGCAUAAUCUUCUAGUAAAGAUUAAAGAUGCCUCACACAUUUAGUAUUGAUAAGGGUGAGACAACAGGUGCCUUAUACACUUGCAUGUUUCUGAAGGUUUAUCAACCUUUACUAAAUUAUAUCUCAUCAGUCUGUUAAAAGGAUACUAAAUUCUAACAUUUUAGAACUAAAUUACACAAAAGGGGACAAAAUAAAUACACAGCAAAGUUGUUUUACUCUAGAACUAAAUAUUUUAUACUAAAAUCGCAAUGUGUUUUCUGUCCCUUUAAGAAUCUAGAGCUUUUUCAUCCCUUUAACAGACUUGGAUUUAAAAAUUAAGAGAACAAUUAAACAAGUUAUAAAUGGAUUCAAGUAAGUGAAAUGGUUAGUGCUGACACUGAAUGUAACGACAUACAAAGAUUUUAAGCUACAAUGAAAUGCUAUUAUAGUGGAAACAAAAAGAUAUGUGAACACAAACAAAGAUGCCUGUAUUGCUCCUCCAAUAGCUCAUUGUUGAUUUAUCAUUUUAUUUAAAUUAUUCCUUAUAUAAAAAGUCUAUUAUACAAACCUAAAUCACUGCUGUUCAUUCACAAGACAAGAGCGCCACAAGUGGUUACAAAGCAAUAAAAUAUGCAAGAUUACAAUUAAAUGAAUAGCAAAGUCAAAAAUGAAAAGUGCAUGGGAGCAUUUCAAUUAGAAAUAAAAGAAUGUUUGCAAUAUUAUUAUAUGCACAUAGGCACCAGUAUUCAAACACCACACUUGCCCAGAGUCAGCAGUAACUUGUAUGACACAAAUGACGUCUUCAGAAGCAAUACACACCACUGCCACCUGAGCAGGUGUGGUGUUUGAAUACUGGUGCACGGGCACUCACAGGAUAUGUGCGUAUGCCGCAGAAUGACAGUAUUAAAAGGGACACUGAACCCAAAUUUUUUCUUUGGUGACUCAGAUAGAGCAUGCAAUUUUAAGCAACUUUCUAAUUUACUCCUAUUAUCACAUUUUCUUUCUUCUCUUGCUAUGCUAUCUUUAUUAGAAAAAGAAGGCAUCUAUACUUUUUUGGUUCAGUACUCUGGACAGCACUUUUUUAUUGGUGGAUGAAUGUAUUUUGAUCACCAAAAAUGGGCCGACAUCUAAACUUACAUUUCAAAUAAAGAUACCAAGAGAAUGAAGAACAUUUGAUAAUAGGAGUAAAUUAGAAAGUUGCUUACAAUUUCAUGCUCUAUCUGAAUCACAAAAGAAAAAAAAUUGGGUUGAGUGUCCCUUUAACUUUUACUAGAAUCUCUUUUGCUAAUAGAAGUAUAUUGCAAACAUUGUUCUAUUUCAAAUUGAAAUGCACCUAUGCACAUUUAAUUUUUGACCUUUUUAUCCCUUCUUAAACAUUUUUUCUUUUAACUUUGUGUGUGGAUAAAAAAAAAUACUAGCUUCAUCCAUGCAAUACCGAGUUGUAUUAAAAUCAUACUAAAACAAAUGAAAUGUUCAUUUAAAUAAAAUUGCACUGGUAAUAUAGAUUAAUUCAUGUAUAUCAUUACUCUUGAAAUAUGUACGGUCUGAGUGUAACUAAAAUAAUCAGAGCUAUGUAAUGUUAGAAGCAUGUCAAGUAAAAUUGCUAGAAACUUUGUCCAGAGUGGGGAAGUGAGGGACACCCAUGGGUGCCUUGGGGACUCUAACAAGGAGUCAGUGGCUCCCUGACACCUGGGUUUGUCUAGCCCUGCACUAGGGUUACAUGUGGUUUUCUAAGUGAUGUCAUAUCCUGAAAGUUCACAGUUUACAAAGUGAGCCCAAGACAAUAUUUACAUUAAAAGGAAAUAAAAGUGCAUAAAGAAUAUAUUCUAUUGGGUUAUAGCAUUUUAUAAUUUCAUUAAAGGGACAGUCUACACCAGAAUUGUUAUUGUUUUAAAAGAUAGAUAAUCCCUUUAUUAACCAUUCCCCAGUUUUGCAUAACCAACACAGUUAUAUUAAUAUACUUUUUACCUCUGUGAUUAUCUUGUAUCUAAGCCUCUGCAAACUGACCCUUUAUUUCAGUUCUUUUGACAGACUUGCAGUUUAGCCAAUCCGUGCCUGCUCCCAGAUAACUUCACGUGCACAAGCACAGUGUUAUCUAUAUGAAAUACAUGAACUAACACCCUCUAGUGGUGAAAAACUGUUAAAAUGCAUUCUGAAAAGAGGUGGCCUUCAAGGUCUAAGAAAUUAGCAUAUGAACCUCCUAGGUUAAGCUUUCAACUAAGAAUACCAAGCGAACAAAGCAAAAUUGGUGAUAAACGUAAAUUGGAAAAUUGUUUAAAAUGACAUGCUCUAUCUGAAUCAUGAAAGUUUUUUUGGCCUAGACUUUCCCUUUAAUGCUUGCCUGCAAAGGGGUUACACAAAGUCAUUUCCAUGACAGAAAUGCACUACUGGGACCUAGCUGGACACAAAUGGUGAACCAGUGACAAGAUGCAUAUAUGUAUAGCCACAAAUCACCAGCUAGCAUCCAGUAGUGCAGUGCCUAUAUAGUUAUGUUCUUAAAAAAUAAAGAGAAUGAAGUAAAUGUGAUAUAAGUACACUUCUAUAUCAAACUUGCAUUCUCUAACUGAACCAUGAAAGUUUAAUUUUGUCUUUGCAGUAAUCUAGAAGCAUAACGUUCUUACAAAUGUUUAUGUGCAUUACAGCUUUCCAAUAAACACUAAAUAUUUGUGAUGACCCUAUCCAAUAAAGUUUUCAUUCUUUUGGAGACACUAUAGGUUGGCAGAACUCGAGUCCCUAAAACAUUUUUGGGUUUAUAAAGUUUAACUGAUUAAAAUUAAAGGUAAUAAAAACUUAUAUGUGGAUAUUUUAUGGCUGUUUAUAAGUGAAGCCAUAGUUGAAGUACAAAUAAAAAUGUUAUUACAAGGCAAAUUCUUCAAAUGAGUCAUAUUUGUAAUCACUACAAAUGCUGAAUAUUCUACACUCCCCCUCCAACAAAAACUUUUAAAACAACAUUUUGAAGCAUAUGUUGUAAAAUAAACAUUUUUCCAGCUGUCUUGCUACAGUACGGAACAUUUAAAGGAA